GUUGCCCGCCACGUACAAUUUGUCACAAUUUGAUGCAUGCUCGCGUCGUCAAAACAACACAGACAGUACGAGAAGAAACGGCUACGCGGCUUUACAUGACGACCUGUUGAGAAAAAUGGCCACUAGUAAGCAUUCCAAGCUGCUGAUAUGCGCGAUCGGUAUAUUCGUGUGCUAUUUCUAUUUCGGCAUGCUGCAAGAGAAGAUAACCCGCGGACAAUACGGCGAUGAAGCCAACAAGGAGAAGUUCACGUAUAUGUUCGCGUUAGUAUUCGUUCAGUGCUUGGUCAAUUAUGUGUUCGCCAAAACUAUCCUGCUGACAGUGAUGAAGCAAGGCGAGGAUACUACGUCGACUCUGUAUUACUUUCUCUCCGCAUUGACGUAUCUGCUCGCUAUGGUGUGCAGUAAUAUGGCACUGAAGUUUGUCAGUUAUCCGACACAGGUGAUCGCCAAGUCCGGCAAGCCCAUUCCCGUGAUGAUACUCGGUGUGAUAUUGGGAAAAAGGGUGUAUCCAGUUAGGAAGUACUUAUUUAUUUUCCUAAUUGUCAUUGGAGUCGCGUUGUUCAUGUAUAAAGAUGGUGUUGUUUCCAAAAAACAAUCAGAAGAUCAAUCAUCAGUCGGGGAACUACUGUUAUUGUUAUCAUUGACAAUGGAUGGAUUAACAAGUGCGGUGCAAGAAAGAAUGAGAGCAGAACAUAACACAAAGUCAGGCCACAUGAUGCUCAACAUGAAUGUCUGGUCUGUUAUAUUUAGUGGUGUUGUAAUCCUUAUCACUGGGGAACUAUCUGAGUUCAUCAGCUUUCUUCAACGAUAUCCUUCUACCAUAUGGCAUAUAGCAACAUUUUCUAUAGCAGGAGCAUUUGGGCAAUAUUUUAUAUUUUUAACUGUAGCUGAAUUUGGCCCAUUGCCAUGCUCAAUUAUAACCACCACCAGAAAAUUCUUUACUGUUUUAGGUUCUAUAUUAAUUUUUGGUAACAAUCUCACACCUAGACAAUGGUUAAGUACAUGUAUAGUAUUUUCAGGGCUGUUUUUAGAUGCCACAUAUGGUAAAGAUAAAAGUAAGAAAGGAACUACAAACUAGAAUAUCAUUAUAUUUACUUAAGGGACUGAGAAAGUUCCUUGAGUGGUAUACUUCCACCAAUUGAGCUCUAUUGCCUAUCUGUAAAAGUAAUUUAUGAUAUAUCAUAAGGAACACUAGGAUUCUUAGCAGUAGGCAAAUGGAAACAAUAGUAUUAAAUCGAUAUAUUUCUUAUUGGUAUUUCUUACAAGUGGUAAGAUCAAGUUCCAAUGAUCUUUAGGAAUAUAUUGCUAUAUAAAAGAUUUUUUAUGAACUUUUCUACAGUUACACGAAAUUCUAAAGAAUAUAUAUUAUACUUGUUAAUAUGACCAUGUUACAACAUGUUAUAUUAUUUUUUAGUUUUUUUUUCUUUGAUUCUCCAAUAUUAGUUUUUGUAAAUAAAAUUUAGUUGAGCAGGGACUUUUCCUUUAAUACUAAAUUAUCUUUUUCUUAUAUUUUUUCUAUACAUAUAACUUAUAUUUAAAACAUGAAACUGAGAGAAGGAAAAUAGACAAGACCUAUACCUGUAUAUAUCAUGGAUAUAACUUGCAAUGUAUGUAUGGGUGUAUAUAUAAAAUCUGCUGAAGUUGUACAAAACUAUAUGAUACAAUUGCACAAAGAGAUAGCGAACAAGUCUUUCCAUUUGUUAGAAGAAUACAUUUAUACUUUGUUGACUUCUACCACUGUUAGUCUGCUGCCACUGAUACUUUGUUAUCUGAACAUUUCAUUGUAAGAGUUGAUUUUAUAUGUAAUAUUAUACAACAAUUUUAUAUAUAACAAUAUUUAUUACACGUUACCUAGGUUAGGUAUGUUACCGAUAGAUCUUAUAUUCGACUUUUAGUUCGUCGCUCUUUCAACAGCGCCUUGUAUAAACGAAUAAUCAAAUAUUUAAAUGACACUAUUUUCUACGUAUGUUAUUUUACUAAUAAAAAUAGUGGGCCGCAA